AUGGAAUCGAUCCGUGCAGCGCAUGAGGCUCUACAAACCUAUCGGCAAACAGGAUGGUUGCCAGGGUCGAAUUCCUCGUCAGCACCAGCUGCUACAGUUGAUGAAAAUGUUAAACUGCUUGCUGCUCGUCGUUCUCCUCACAAGCUAGUAUCAGAGGGGGCUUCGGAAAACCAGCCGACGGCAUCGACCUCUCCAAAACCGAAAUUGAAAGCCAGUGAUGUCGAGCCGCUGAAGCAGCUACUGAAUAUGCGCCGGCAGCAACCUCCUGCUUAA